AGACCAGACCUUUGUGUCCCACAUGUGGACACCAUAGUUGAGGGGGAUGGUGGGGGACGUGUGAGAGCCAGCCCACAUCACACACACAGAGAGAGAGAGAGCGAGCGACAUUGUUCCCCAGGCCCCAGGCAGCCAAGCUCGUCAGCUUGUCCUCUGAAAACAAUGAGCAGCUCUGCGGAGGACAGCGACGUCCUGCAGAUGACGGCGGCCGAGGGCUCUCUCGGGGAGGAGGCCCAGCAGCCGCCCGCAGACGAGGAAGGGCGAGCUCAGAGCCCGCUGGCCCCCGUGAGAGUCCGUCAGCCUCGCAUGUUCAGGAGGCGCGCGUACCUCCUGGACGAGCUGUCCGACGAGGAGGUGGUGAGGAGGUACCGGCUCAACCGCUCCGCCAUCCAGGAGCUCUUCGACCUGGUCGGGGAGGACCUGGAGCCCCAGACGAGGAGGAACAAGGCGCUGCCCGGCAUGUGCAAGCUGCUGGCGGUCUUGUACUUCUUGGGCAACGCCACCUUCCAGCCGGUCACUUCGCUUCUCAUCGGCAUGAGCCAGCCGACCUUCUCCAGGAUCCUCAAGCAGGUGGUGGAGGCCAUACUGAAGCACUCCAGGCGCCUCAUCCAUUUCCCGUCGUCCUCGGCGGACUGGCAGAGGGUCAAGCAGGACUUCUUCCUGCUGGGGGGGAUGCCGAACUGCCUGGGCGCCAUAGACUGCACCCACAUCGCCCUCGCCCCGCCGCGGGAGAGGGAGGAGGUGUUCCGCAACUGGAAGGACUUCCACUCGCUCAACGUGCAGGUGGUGUGCGAUUCCCACCUGCGCAUCAUGAGCGUCAACGCCGCCUUUCCGGGAAGCUGCCACAACUCCUACAUCCUGCGCCAGUCGGCCCUUUACGACAAGUUCACGCAGAGGCAGAUGCCGGACGGCUGGCUCGUGGGACACGCGGGAUACGGGAAUCAACCGUGGCUGAUGACCCCGCUGGCCGCAGCCGAGACGGCAGCAGAGGCUCGGUACAAUUGUGCCCACCAGAAGACUCUCCAUUGCCUGGAACGACUUUUCGGCGUAUGGAAAUCGCGGUUCCGGUGCCUCUCGUCUACCGGGAAGCUGCUCUACGCUCCCACCAGGGUGGCCGAGCUCGUCAUUGUGUGCGCGGCGCUCCACAACCUGGCGUGCAAGCACGGGACGCCGCAGGAGAUCGACGACAACCUGCAAGCGGAGGACGAGGGGCCGGCUGCCGACGACGAGGAGUCCUCGGAGGCGGGGCACAGAAAGAGGGCGGAGCUGAUCGCCUCCCACUUCAGUUAAUCUGAAGGAGACGGGUGACUGUUCCCAAGCAGGGAAUGCAUGGCCAGCCUCUCCCUUAAAGCUCUCCAUCUUGGAAGAAUUGGCAUGUACAUAGGCCCCAUGGGUCAAUCAUUCCUCCUCUUGUGAUAAAGGAGAAGAUGCAAAUUCCUGUCUGUCUUC